GUAUCGCGUGAACGGAGACUACUUAGUAUCAUAAAUACACAAUCUGUUUAUAAUAAUCGCCAAUCGCCAAUCCAGAAAUUACCGCUUAUGGAGUGUUAAUCGAUUUAAAAUUAAACUUCUUGGCAAGCAUGGAUGACAGAUUACAAAGAGAGAUUAAAGCAGUAGAUGCCAAUACUAAGCAAUCAGCAAUCGACGUUCAGGAUGAGGAUUACGAUCCCUUUUCAAAUCGAUCACAGGACCAUUUGAACUCGGAUUUUGCCGUUUUUAUACAUUUACUGAAAGCCGCUAUGGGUAGCGGUAUACUCUUCCUACCGCAAGCCUUCAUGAAAACAGGUUAUGUCGUUGCCAUUGUAUCUAGUAUCCUUAUAGGCGCACUGUGUACUCAUACUGCAGUAAUAACAGUACAGUGUUCCCAGAUACUUUGCAAGCGAGAACGUGUGCCCGUGUUAAAUUUUGCUGAAACUGCAGGUGCGUCUUUUCGAUCGGGUCCAAGAAAAUUGCAAAAAUAUUCAAUCGCGUUUAAUGUUGCAACAAACGCCAUUGUUUGUUUCGUGCAAUAUCAAACCACCGUGAUAUAUGCACUCUACGUUGCGACUUCUUUUCAGCAGGUUAUAGAACACUUUUCGAAUUACGCGAUGGACUCGAGGAUUUAUAUCCUUAUUUUUUUGCCUAUUUAUCUCGGCCUCGCGCUUAUCCCCAAUUUGAAAUACCUGGUACCUAUUUCGAUAAUUGGCAGUAUUUUCCUGGGAAUCGGUCUCUUCAUCACUGUAUAUUAUUUAUUCGUGGAUAUUCCAAGUCCCGAGAGUCUGAACGUAGCUACGAAUGUUUUGUCGCUUCCUGUGUACUGUGUAAUCUUCCUCUUCGCUAUGCACAACAUGUCGAUAUUAUUGCCUCUGGAAAAUUCGAUGAAAAAUCCUAAAAAUAUGUCAAAAGUCUUAAGAGCAAGCAUGGCAUUAAACACGUGCAUCUACGCAACCUUCGGAUUCCUUGGUUAUAACAAAUACAACAAUACUUGUGACACAGUCAUUAAGAAUUUACCGUUAAAUGAGAUACUUGCACAAGUAGCGAAGAUAGCGGUAUCAAUUUCCGUCAUGUUUACCUACGGCCUCCAGUACUUUAUUCCAAUAGGUAUUUUAUGGCCAAUCAUCGCUGUCAAAAUCAAACCCGAGAGACAGUUGAUUUACGAGAUUUCAUUUCGCCUCGGAGGAGUCUUCGUUAGCACCUUUAUCGCUAUAGCCAUUCCACAAAUGGUACCACUUCUUGGUCUCUUUACAGCAUUGACAAUGACCACGGCAAUGUUACUGAUUCCCAUAACGAUAGAACUGGCAACAAAAUGGGAGUACACUGAGAAUCGUACUUUAAAUUUUCUCAUUGCCAAGAAUAUAAUCAUUGCGAUAAUCUGGGCACUCUUAUUGAUUUUCGGCUGCAUCGAGAGCAUCAAGGAUAUCAUUGAGAAUUACACAGGAAAUAAAGACAAUGCAGAUAUUUGUGGAUAAGUAAAACAAUAAGUAUAAACGAUUGUACAUCGAUCCGUUGAGCUGUCUUUAUCGGCG